GUGUCGCUGCUGUAUCCGGGCUGUUUGUAGCCAUGCACCUGAACUAGGAAGCUACUUUAUCUGUAAUUAAAUAAAAAAAAUUUUUAACAUAACGUGAGGAAGAAUAUACCUGAAUUACGGCGGUGGAUGUCACUCUGAGGUGACAUCAUGCUCCUGGAGCUCGCAGCAGCUGAAGAUCGACACGUUUGACCGAGAAGCCGCCGUCACUGCUGUCGUCAUGGGGACGACGAUGAGCGAGCCGUGUAUCUAUGACAAACUGUCCGAGAGCAUCGACAUCCUCCGCCAGUCGGGUUACCGCUAUGGCAUGUCGGAGAGGGAAAUCGAGAGGUUCAUCAAGCAGGUCCUGGAGACCAACGAGCCCAGGAGAGAGCCUCCCCAGUUCCCCAUCCUGAGAGCCACCAUAAAGUUUGUGGUGGCGGUGGGCUUCCUGCUGGUGGUGGUGCUGGCCUUCACGUACCCUCAGAGCGCCCCCCAGCUGGGUCUGGUCAACCUGGGCUGCUACAACUGGUCGUCCCCCCUCAGCCACGUCCGCCUGCUGUCCCUGCCCAUCGCCAAGAAGUACAACCUGCAAGGUUUCCAUGAAUGGUGGAGCGCCGGCUCUCUCAGGCAGAAUCUGGUCAACUGUUCGGGCUGUGCAGAGAUCUCCUCGGUGCUGGAAGUCCCAGAGAGCCUCAGAGGGACGGUGACUCUGCGACGGGGGCCGCAGCUCGUCCUACUGAAGGGUGGGGAGUCUCUCAGCGUCCAGCGGCAGCAGCUUGAGGAGCUCUACCUGGCCCAUUCAGGCUCCAUGUCCAUUCUGCUGGAGGAGGACGACGGUCUGCAGAACCACAACCUCGGACUCCCCCAAGGACCCGCCAACUUCACUCUGCUCUGGAGGUUCAGCUCUGGGACCAGGGAGAAGGUGCUGAGGUGGCUCUUCCCAAAGGCUGAGCUCUGCCCGCUGCUGGACAGUGCCGGGACCAUCGUGCAGCGCUGCCUGGUUACCCACAGCACAAACUCUCAGAGUAAGGGUGUCGGGGUGUUUGGCUGGCUGGUGGUGGGCGAGGGGUUACCGACUGUCCGGGUUCUGCCUGUUCAGCGCUGUCAGAAACACUGCAGCUCCUUCAACCUGUGGCUGACACCUGGAGACAUGGUGUACGCUGACCCUCGUUACUGGCAGAUGGAGCUGUUCCCCGGCCGAGGCCAGAACAUCAUCUGCGACGGUUCGGCCUUUUAAACCUCCAGAGAAGUGAAGGAGGACAGAGUUCAGGACGUGCAGAUCGGCUGUGAAUGUCGAAUUUUCGGAGCUCGUCGGCCUUUCUGUGGCCCCGCCACGCUGAUGCCUUAUAACCCUCCGGCCUUUUUUCUGACGCACCCGUCCGUCCAAACUGGACACCACUGCACACAUGACUUCAUUUUGGGAAAUAAAGGGAUCCUGCUGCAGGUUUCUAGGGUGGAGGUCAGAGGAUCGAGAAGUGACUUUGUGACUGUCCUCGUGUAAAACAGCAGAGUCUUUAAACAGUUCUCGGAUGUUCUGGAUGUGCUGUGCUCGUGCCAUAGCUUCAAGCAGAUCUAUAGCAAUUAAAAGAAAAAUGAAUUUAUGAAAUCACUGGGUGUCUCUCUCUGUCAGAAGGUAGUGAAACACUGUUGAGUGCGUUGGCAUCACACUGGUUCCAGACGUCUGAAUCACGGCCCAAAUCUCUGCUGUUGCGCCAGUUUCCGUAGUUUAAAAAAAAAAGUACAAAUCUCCCCUCCGUCCCCGACAAAAAACACCAUGUCAGUCAAGAGAAACAACGUUCAGUGUCAUUAUCAGGGAGCCUGCAGCUGCUGAUGUUACCGUACACUUACCUGAUGCAUACUCCACUCGCAUUUAGUCAUCUUAUAACCAAACUAAGUUUAGGAUCACAGGGAGCUCUGGCUGAUGUGUUCAUCCAGUCAGUGAGCACUCGCUCCUUUUUGCAAUGCAUUCUGGGAGCUUUGUAGGGGUUUCAUAGUGUCUGAACUUGCUGGAUGUUCACUACCUCCUGUAUUUCUGAGACACGCCUGCAGCUUCACCUUCUGCUCCUCAUCUGUUUUUAUUUUAAUUUAUUUUAUUUUAUUUUAAAAGAGCCGGUUCACCCAACUUACAAAAACAACAACUUUCUCUGCAGUGAUAUCUUGAACAUGAUGUCAACAAGGUCUAAUUGCACAUAAUUGUUAUUUUUAUUUUAUUUAAUUUUUUUUACAUAUGUUAUAAUUUUUUUCUUUAAAUUAGUAUCCAGGCUUGUUUGUACUGCAUGGAAAACAUGAUUAGAAAAAUAAUAGAUAAAAGUAGAUGCUGCUUGUGGACAGCUUCCAGAAAUCACACAUUUAACUCACACUGAGAUAAUACACUAGUGCAUCCAACAUUAUUACCUAAAAAUGUACAAAAACAACUGUGAUAUUAAAAAGUUAGAUUUUAAAUGCUGCUCACUCUCUGCCAGCUGUAGAUUGAUCAGUUGAGAACAUGAAAAACUACAGCUGAGUAAAUUUACCUGUUAAGUUAUGUCAAACUUCAACCUAUCUCGACUUAAAAACUGCAAUAUGAUUUGAUUGUAAAGGACUAUAAACUUGGAGGUAGAAUCUAUCUUCAACAGGGUUGUGUACUGACAAGAAUCUGGCGAUAUGAUACGUAUCAUGACAGUGGUUACGAUUCGAUAUAUUAUGAUACUGUAAGCAAGGCAAUGUAUUUUGUGAUUUUUGUUUUAAAUCUUAUUUAAGGAGAACUGUCAAAGUAUAAAGAGCAUACUGCCAUAUGCAUAAAGGUUACCUCUGCAUUUGUAUUUAUCACAGUCGCUGUAACAUUAAACACUGUAACACUACUUUUUGUGCAAACUGAGAAAAAGAGUUAACAUUUAACACUUCAUUAGUACAAAAACAAAAGUGCACUCAGGAUUAUUUAGGUAAACAAAUAAAGAAAAUCGCUAUUUUUUUUGAGAAUUGAUUCAAUAAUUUCAAAACCUUUAUUUGAAAUAGUUUCUACCCCAGAAAACUCGCUCCAGUGAGCUCUGUAGAUUAUCCAGAGGGGGCGGGCAGAUAUCUCAAAACCAAAUCUAUCCACUCUGACUGGAGAGAUUAUACUACAGACUACAGAGAAUAUGUAUUUUUGUAAUUUGGGUGAACUGACUCUAAAACAAGCAGUUACUACUGAAACCUAAAAAAGAUUUUUGUUAUAUUUUAAUAUGCUCAUCAGCAUCAGACAAAGCUGCUUCUCUAAUAUCAGUGUUGUUAUUUAUUGUUAUGAUUGUAUGUAUAUAAGUUCAAGCCAUUAAUAUUUUAAUAUGUUGAUAUAUUAUUAGACUUUAAUCGCUUGUGGUUAUCGGUGCAGACAGUUAACAUCAAAUCAACUUCAACAGAUGUUUUUUUCUCUUUCCCCCAAAGCAUCCCAAAAUCCCAGAAGCAGUGGAUGAUUUACUUUGUGCAUAAACAGGGUUUCUGUUGGUUCUUUAAAAAGUCUAAUUAAGAUUAAAUAAAUUUGCCAAAGUUAAUGUCAAAUCUGAGUUCCGGUGUUUGAAAGUCCCUCAUUUUGUUUCAGUGUCCCAAAACUCCAGUUUGGGGAGCUUAAACAAAGUUUGGAGGUUAAUCUUUUAAAUGUUUGCUUUACAGAGAAAUGUCAGUUUUAAGGGAAAAUUAAAAAUUGUCAUGUAUUUGCUUCCAUCUGUGUGGGA